AUGGCUUCGCUCACGAUUGAUGAUAAAACCAGACAAUCUUUUUCCGACAACCUGAAGAAUGCUUCUGCGGAAAAUGUGAUAGAUACCGUGAGACAAAUUCAGCAGUCGUAUUUGACCCGUCCCAAGAUUGAGAAAUUUGUCACCAAAAUGGGAGACUGUAUGGCUCGACUGGAACGUUUCUUCCGCAUCAUUGACAUUGCAAUUCAAGCCGACCCUACCAUAUCAGCAGUCGUGUGGGCAGGAUUGCGGCUAGUAUUUCAACUAGCCGGGGACUUUUCGUCGUUUUUUGAAAAAUUGGCCACUAUGAUUGACCACAUGAUUUCGGCAUUACCCGAUUACGACCAUUAUCUCAGGUUAUUUCAGGAGGACGAGCCCCUGAAAGCCAGUAUCGUCAAGGUUUAUCAGGAUCUGAUGGAUUUUCUGCGCAUAGCAACCCGGAUAUUCUUCAGAAAGAGCAAACCGAGAUCGAUGAUGAAACUCGCAAUGGAUAUCACAUGGACUCCUUUUGAUCAACGCUUUGAGAACAUUGUGAAGCGUUUCAAAGACCAUCAUGAGCAAGUGCGCAGUAAAGCCCUUCUAUCAUCUAUGGAAAACACACAAAAGGCGCAUAUAGAAGCCGAUCUUGAACGCAAGAGGUCUCAACAAGAUAGAGAGGUGUUGAGCAACCUGGAAAAAACAACUACAACACUAGUACAACAUCAGUUUGAGGAGAGAAGAGAGAAGGUUAUUCGAAGACUGCUAGAUUGGCUUGAUCCCAAAGACUUUCAGGAUAUGAUUAAUCGUAUUUCCGGUUCUCGACAUCCGCAAACCGGUUUUUGGAUACUUCAAUCGAAUGAAUAUCGUGAUUUCGUAGCUUGUUCAAGCAUGAAUACGUCAAUCGACCCCGAUGAAUCAAAAGUGCCUAAUGCCACGUUUAAUUUCUUACCGACCGGGAAGGAAGAGAGCUCAACAGUGGUCGGGUCGAAGCAGCGAAUCCAGGACGCGACUGAAAUGGAACUGCAGAGCAAUCUUUUGUGGAUCUUUGGAAAUCCCGGUUGUGGAAAAACAUGGUUGACCACCCUCUUGCUAGAUGACCUUUCGCAGGAAAGCUCCAUCAAUGAAAACCAAGAACGACAGCAACGGACAGUCGCUCACUACUUCUGCAAUUAUACUGAAAGAACAUCAACUUCAGAUAUUCUUCGCUCCAUACUCGCCCAGAUACUCCACGCCCACAAGGAUAACCAGGAUGUUGUUGAUGUGUUUUGCCUUUCCUAUACCAAGUCAAUAACCUCCUUCGCGACCUCAAACCUUCAACUCAUGCAGUUACUUCAACUGACACUUCGUCAACUGCGUGAUGUAUUUAUUGUCAUUGAUGGUCUUGACGAAUGCCGGGAUAGGGAUGAAAUAGCUCCAUUUCUUCGCAAUUUAUCACAGGAGCGAUCAUCGGUGAAGAUUUUGGUACUUGCAAGGGAUAGCGAUACUGUAUUACGUUCAAGUUUCGCGCUCGUGAAAUCCUUGGAGAUAACUAGCACUCUGAACUGCCCGGACAUUCUCACUUAUUCGGCCUCCAUAAUCGAUGAUCUCUGGUAUCUUGCGGGCUUACCCGAAGCAGGGCUCAGCAAGGACGAUUUGGCAAGAAAAUUUGCAACGGCCUCAAAUGGAAUGUUUCUGUGGGUGAAACUGACCAUGGAUUGGCUUUCUUCUCCUUUUCUACGACAAAAGGAUAGAAUCAAUAUAAUUCACAACAUUGGCCUUCCAGAAGGUAUGGAGACUUUGUAUAGUCGGAUUUUUGAGACACUUUCUCUCCAACCAAAGACACAAAGAGAUUUUGCCGCCAGGAUUCUCACAUGGACAUGUUGGUCGCAUGAUCAAUUGGAAUUGGACGAGCUUGAGGCCGUGUUGAAUUUUCGCAACCACGAUGAAUUCUCGUCGAUUGUCAGAGUCGGCUGUGCUGGAUUAAUAGAAAUCACACCAUGUGAGUAA